AUGGAAAAUAUAAAUGAAUUCACUACAGAACAAAUUCAAGAACUUCUCGAUUUCAGCAAGCGACCCAAAGAACAGGAGAUCAGAGACGAAUUCAUUGACCUCCAAGUCCUCCCAGAAGAAAUCUUUGACGAUUUGGAAACCACUUCCAAGACUGUACUCAGGAACAGACUCAAGAAGUUCGCUAAAGACACAUACAAAUACGAUGGAGGAAAAUGGACACUGUUGCGGAUACUUAAGGAUUAUAGCAAUAAAUAUAGUGUUGUGAAGGAACACACUUCUAUAAGCAUUGACUAUAUUAAUGACUGAAUAAACUAAAGUAUAGCAGUGUAUAAAGAUGAUGAUGCUCUUAUCCAAGAUUAUCACCUUUUACCAAGAAGUUAGAUUAGCCAAUAAGUAAACUAAAUUCUCGUAAAUCCUGUGAACCGAUCUAAAUAUA